UUCGGGCGGGACAAGGAAGAAUGCAUUGUGUCUUGAAAACACAGACCUGUCUACGCCUUAAUUAUCAUAUCUAAAGUUCGCACGGUUAAAGUUGAACCAAGCUGAACCUCAUAAUGGCUGAAGGUGGACCCCUUCCGGAACUAGACUUACACUUACUAGAGUGUCCAAUCUGUCUGGAACGACUUCGGCAACCCAAGUCCUUACCAUGUCUCCAUUGCUUCUGUCAGGAUUGUCUUGGGACCUACAUCACCAAGGAGUUGUCUGGCAAGAUAGCUUCGGCGACAUCCUUUCCGUGUCCAGUUUGUAGAGGAUUGGCUACGCCUGUCAACCAAGCGGAAACAAAGGAAAACUGGGCUAAACAGUUCCCAACCAAUGGUGUGAUCCAAGAACUGAUCAAGCUUAAGGAGCAGUCGUCUGAUCCACUGUACUGCACACCCUGUCAAUCAAAAGGAAAUAUGUCCAAUCCUGCCAAGUUCUGGUGUAAGAAAAUGGAAUCCGGUUUUUGUGAGACUUGUAAAGUUGAUCACCACGAUGUCAUACAUAUUGAAUGUGAUAUUUUAGAUGUUACCACGUAUGAUAACAGUAGACCAAAUCAAAAUACCUCUGUGCCUCACUGUGACAAACAUGGGGAGAAUAUAGUUUGGUACUGUGAGGAUCAUAAAGUGCUCGGUUGUAACAUAUGUGUCUUCAAAGACCACAGGCGUUGUGAGCAGGUGACAACAUCGACAGAGUAUUUUCAUAUGUUAAAGACUGGAUCACAGCUACAAGACAUGCAGGCAGCGCUGAAAAUUGGGGCAGAUGUCAUGGCAUCAUUGGUAAAGGACUUUGACGAGCAGCUCCAAACAAUGGUAGAGAACCAAGAAAUUGCUUUGCAGAGUAUCACAGAGCUACGCCAAAGAGUUGACAAACGACUGGACAAACUUCAGAAAGAGGUCACAGAUGAAUUGAUCAAAUCCUUCAAAGAAGAAAAAAGGACUUUCGAAGCAUCACUACGGCAGUGUCAACGUCUAAUGAACGGUAUGCUGAAUACACAUACGAUGUCCGUCACAGCCGUAAAGAAAAACGUCAUCAUUGAGACGAUAGUGUUGUAUCAGAGAGGACAGGCAGAAGUGGAGUCGUGUAAGGCCCUGGUCAUGGAGAUGAACGAAUCGUUCACGUCUGUCAAUAUUCAGCAUAAUACCGAACCAGGACUUGAAACCUUUUGUGAUGACGCUAUGGGGAAUAUUGUCAUUGAAAAACAACCUAGAUGUUUGCCUGGCAGUCAUGAUAAACUAGUACCAACCCUGUUGCAUUUAGAACGUUGUGUGAAAGAAAUAAGGAAGUUCAACAUAAAGACUAGGUCAGAUGAGGUCGAUUGUGAUGCAGUUGGUGUUGUGUACCUUCCAGAUGAUCAUAUAGUGGUAAGUGAUCUCAACAACCAGAAACUGAAACUGUUUACAGACAAAGGACAGUACCUGGAUGAAUUGGCCAUAGAUGGAAAACCCUGGGAUAUGUGUUUGGUGAACAACAACACGGUGGCGGUCGCUGUUAGCAGUCCGGGAGGUGUCAAUGUCCUGAAAGUGGAGAACUCAAAACUUACACUGUCAUACGAGAUCAACAUGCCAGAUGAUAAAUUGCUUCGUGGAAUCACCCAUAUCAAUGGACAGUUUGUCGUUGGUACUGAAGCAGCAGAAGUGUACAGAUUGACACAAGACGGUGGUGCUGAGCUGUUAUAUCAGUAUACUGAUUGUGUCUGUUCCCUCUCUCAUGAUCCAAGAAAUGGAGACAUAUUAGUAAGUGGCUAUACAGGCAUCGAAAGAAAUGCUGUAUUGUCAAGGCUUUCAGGUGACAAACGUUCCAAGGUUGUGCAGAAAUUCGGCCUUGUGAAGUGGGCGACAGGAGUAGACAUGGACAAAACAAGCAACAUAUAUGUGUGUGGUUUAGAUUCACACAACGUAGUAGAGAUGUCUGGAGAUGGUACAUAUGCCAAAGAGCUCCUGACGUCAAGGAAUGGGAUGUUUCUUCCCUGGGCAAUAGCUAUUCGUGGAAGAAUGUGUGUAAUCACUGAAGAGGAUGCAAAUUAUGUCCGUUUAUUUCAACUCUAUUAAACUAUCCACAACUCACUCUGAGAAUGUACGCUUUCGAUUGUUUUUAUAACUACCAUAUUUGGCAUAUAUAAUACAUGUAGUAUUGUGAAAUUAUGAUAGUUAUAAUGGUGUGAUGAUACUGAUGAUCAUAAUCAUGAUAUAACGAUAAGGAUGGAGAUGAUAAUGUAAUGAUGAGGAGGAGGAGGAUGAGAAUGGGGAUGAUUUGUGUGUGUGAGUGGCUGAGUGAUGCAUGUAUGUUCAUAUGCUAUUUAACAUAUAUUGGAAAAUGUGUGAAAAAUAUAAUAGAAUAUAAUUAUUUUUUUCGAAACAUCUUAAAAUUCACACACAGAGCUACUAUAUUUCUGUUUCUCUCUACAUGUACUUCUAUACACGUUUUCGCUCACCAGCCAGAAAGUCUACGGAACAUGUGUGAUUAAGUAAUUGAUCACCUUUUGUUUUGGUGUAAAUUAUUGGUUAAAACUACUUCAUCAAUUGCAUAGUUAUAUUUUAGUUAAUUGUUCAGCAACAAUUAUAUUUUUUUCGUGUUUCCGAAAUUAAGAAUUUCCAGUGAUUUUAUUAAUGCUAUCAUUACAGCAUAUGGAUGUUGAGCGCAAUUUUGGUCCGGCACUUGCAAUUGGCGAGAUUUCUAUAUUUCAUCUUAAUAUUAGGAGCGUUAGACAUAAAUUAGACUACGUUGAGGAAGAUGUAGUGAAGAGGUAAAAUGGACAAAAUUUAGCCUACCCCACUCGACUUACAUUAUUGAAACAGACCAGAAAACUCUAUGCUACCGUUUUGGGACAAGGACUUUGGGCGUUAUGGGUCAUUUCUGGCCUCAUAAAACGUAAAAAAAUAACUUUAAAUUAUUUAUCAUUUUUUGUUAUAAACAUCAUAUUCGUUAAUUGAGUCUAUGUUUCCUGGUGCCGAUUUUUCCAGUGCGCAUGCGUAAAUGCCCUACUGUAGCAACGACAUUGCGUUGCUAUAAAGAAAUAUAGUGUUUUUUGAUAGUUAGCAUGCAGAGAUGAAAGCCUCUGCAUGUGACAAAAAAACCCAACAACAUUCCUUUAUAUGAAUGACAAUGUUUAAUCAUACUAUACUUGUAUCCAACUCUAUUUCUAGAAUUGACUCUUCUAUAAAUUCUAUUGAUGACUGAGUGUAAAGUGAUCACGUCAUUUUAUUGUGAUCAUAAUUUUGAUGAUGAUGAUUUUUGACAAGGAUGAUGAUGAUGAUGAUGAUGAUGAUGAUGAUCGGGAUGAUUAUUGGGAUGAUGGUGACGAUUUUUAUUAUCUUGACAAAGGUGAUUAUGUUGAUGAUGAUGAUGACAAUUUUGAUUAUUUUGACAAGGACAAUGAUGAUGAUGAUGAUUGUGGGUUUUAGUGAGUUGAAAUAAUGGUAAAAUUUGGUGCGUGUAGUGCUUAGCUAUGAGUAAUUGAAAUUGUUUGUGUGAGAGAGUUUAUGUUUAUGUCAUGUUAAGGACUUCUCACCCUUCGUAAUACACUUAUUUUUCUUAUCGUAUUUUCGUGACGUCAUUUCCGUAUUGCGUAUCUGACAUUUCAAUACCGUAGUAUAAAUUAUCGUUACACCAGGUAAACAAUUUGCGUGACGAUGAUAUGUUAACAACCGAAAUCGAGACUUCACUUCGAAAUGUAUAAUCACACGUACUUCAGGAAUAAAGCGUCCGAUAUGAAGACAUUAAUUGACUAACGGGAAGACACUGACAUGAGACCAGACGACUUCAUGAAGGUCAUUUAUGAAGCACAUGGAAUGCAGCCCGAAAGUGUGUUUCAUGUACGGACAUCACAUUUACCUAUCACGUGCUUACACCAGUCCACUAGCUCGAGGUCGUUACGGGUUUUGCUGUCGAGCGAGUUACGCUCUGUCGGGUAAAUUAUGUUGACCAAUGCAGUGCUCUAACUUUCGUGAAAAUAGUGUUUGUAAACUAUCACAAUCCCAAGGAAAAUGUAUGAAUGUGUGCACGUGAGAACGGCAUAUCAUGAGAUAGCCUCUGGUUACAAUUAUAUACUUGACAUGUAGAUAUGCAAAGCGCUAGCGGGAUGUGGAAUAAUGUCCAAACUAUACAAGAUUGGGAGUAAUUUAUUUCCAUAAAAGAACAAAAAAUUGAAAAUUUUGAUAUACUGUUUUUGAAUAACUUAUAUCAUUUUGAUUUACGUGUCUGUAAAAAGAGUUAACUCAUUACGUGAAUUGUAUCCCUCUGCACUCUCAUCGGGAUUGUUAAGUGAUUGUAAAAUCUAAAAUAAAUUAAUUAUGAAGCCAUUGUGAAUAUUUUGUUCAAUUGUUCACUCUUUUUGUGUGGAACUUUGUGUCCUGUCUGUUUUUAGCUUGUAGAUAAUCACUUUUGUAUCCCUACAAUUCCAAUAAAAAACGCGUUGUUUACCGUGUUUUAUAUAUUUUGUGGUAAAUAAGAUAUU